AUGGCUAAAAGAGAGCGCGAGGCCUCCGUAUCCUCCCAUGCAGACGGCGCCGAAGACUUGCACGAGAUCCGGCGAUCUCAAAGUGCUGAUGCACCAACACACACCACGAAGUAUGCUUCAGUAGAGCCUUCAGACCAACAACCAUCAAUCAUGCGUUGCGCCCUUCCGCCGCACAAGCUAUUAAGCUUCAAGACGUGCGCUGAUUGCAAGGCCAACUUCCCAACCAGCCGCUUCCUGGAGCUGCACAUCGCGGAGAACCAUGAUCCCAUCGUGGCCGGCAAACGGGAUGCCGGCGAGAAGACGUAUGCUUGUUUCGUCGAGGGUUGCGACAAAGUCUGCGGCGAGUGGCAGAAGCGCCGGUCCCAUCUGGUCGACAAGCACGCUUUUCCUAAGAAUUACGAUUUUCUCGUUGUAGAUCACGGCAUCGACCGUCAGCGAAGCCUCCUACGGCCUGGAGUGGACGAGCAUGGCCACCGUAAGAGUAGCCGUGAGAGAGCGAGGAGCAGCUCGAAUGCCACGGAAGCCACGCAGAGCACGGAGGCGACUUCGGUGGAUCAGCCAGACGAUGUUGGAUCGCAGGAGAAGAUGAGUGUGGAUGCGAGGCCUUCCGACACGACUGACAAAGGUCGCGAGGCCAAGCAGUCUUCUUCUGCUACACAGCCCGACGUGGACGCGCUCGCCUCUUCGCUCUCUUCGUUGAGUAUGGUGCCGCGGAGCGUCACCUUUGGUCGGCGAAAAGGGCGGUCGGGACUGGCACGAAGCUGA